AUGUCCGCUGAGGUUGACUCUGUUCCCCGCAACAGCACUCUGGAGGAAGAGGAGUUCCAAGAUAACAAUGGCGAUCUUGCAUCCGACGGCGGUGACGGAGAUCUAUUCGGAGAUGAUGAUGAAGAAGACGGGGACGAGCGGAAUAACCUCCAUAGAAAAUUAGACGACUCGGAACUUGACUCUGGCGAUGACGAGGGCCGACACGAUCGCGUCGCACCAACCGUGGAAGACGAGGAGGGCCUUUACGAAGAAGAGAAACAACUCAAACUGCUGGACGUGGACAUAGCACGAGUUAAACCGCCUGGGGGUGACGAACUAUACCUCCUGAACAUUCCGAACUUCCUGGGCAUCAAACACAGAAGCUUUGACUUUUCGAGCUACGAACCACCCGCCAGGCCGCAUGAUGGCCGCGAUCCCACGGCAGACUCUACUGUCAAAUUCUCUCCCUUCUCAACAGCCAACACUUCCAUCUUCUGGCGCCGCGAUCCCAAGAACCCUGAAGUCAUACAAUCAAACUCCCGCAUCGUUCGCUGGUCGGACGGCAGCUUCACUUUACAGAUCGCCUCUAAGCCCCAAGACCAUUACCGUAUCUCCACCACUGCCAUGCGACAAGGUUGGCCCAAGAAGCUCUCCAAUUCGCAAGACUACGAUCCUACAAAAGAAACAAAUCACUUUCUCGCCGCGCCUCAUGCGGCCGCAGGGAUAGAUCUACAAAUCAUUGCCCCGUUCGAUGCGUCUAUGAAGGUCCAACCAGCGGGCGACCAAGCGGAUGAGGCCGAAAUGAAACUGCGACAAUCCAUUGCUGCCACCACACAAAUUCACGAAUCCCCCACCACCUUCAAAUCUGUCAAAGAAGACCCCGAACUCGCCAAAAAGGCCGCCGAAAUGUUCGAAAAGGAGCGUGCUCGGGCUGAUCGUCGAAGGGAGGCUGCUCAAGACCGGCAAUUCAUGCGUAGGGACCGCGUGCUGGGAAAAUCCGGGAUCGGUCGUUCAUCGGGUGCUGGUCUCUCCAUUUCCGCGCUGGAAGAUGAUGACGGGAUGCCCACGGCAAGAGGGAAGAAGUCCACCGCUAAGCGACGCAAGACGAAUCGGCGUGGAGAUAUCUACUCGGACGACGAGGACGAGGAAUCAUUCCGCCGCCGGGGCAGGGAAGACGAAUAUGAUCGCGAAGACGACUUCCUUGCUGCGAGCGACGAAGAACCCGAGAUCUACGAAGACGAAGCAGGAGCGGAAGUCGACGAUGCGGAAUCCGAUCCAGAUGUUGACGACUUGGAGAUCGAGGGACGCGAGACGGUCCUCAAAGGCCGCACUCGUGGUGGUGCCAGAGACCGGGACCGAGACAGGACUCCCAAACGCGCCAUGCGGGACGAGGAUGAAGAUGCCGAGGGCGAAGAGGAUGGCGACGCUGGAGAAAGCAGAAGAACCGUGGGCAGCCCUGCGGCCCGCAAGAAGCGGAGAGUCAUUGACGACGAUGACGAAGAUGAGGAAUAG